GUUUAUUUGGAGUGGUGCCAUAGAGACACUUUUGGUUCCCUAAAGAACUUUUUAAUGGAUGGUUCUUUCAGAAAUGAGAUGUGGGAGAGUGAAGCAUCUUUUAAAAUCUGAGAGCAUGUUGUUCAUUCUUCUCCUCCUCCAACUGGCAUCACUGCUCCCUCUCGGCCUCUUCUGCCCCAGUGGCUGCGUGUGUGUUUUAGAGGGGGGCGCCAAAUGCACAGGGGCCAUCACCGACAUACCGCCUGUGGAUGCCAGUCACACCUUCCUCCUGAGACUUAAUGACACUUCCAUUAAAGUCCUGAAAGCUCAAAGCCUUCAGCAUCUCACUCUCUUACUGAGAUUUAGCAUCACCCACAGUUCUCUUGACACCAUCCAUCCAAAAGCCUUCUACGGCGCUUCUCAGCUCCGGUCAAUCAUGCUGUCUCAUAAUGCCCUCUCAGUCCUUCCACCCGAGGUGUUCAGCAGGUUAGGCAACUUGGAGCAGCUGCGUCUGGAAGGGAAUCAGCUGGCGUCUCUCAGUGCAGACAUAUUUCAAGGGCUGGUCAAUCUCACUGAACUGAACCUCAGUAAAAACCAAAUUGCCAAGCUGGAUGCCAAUGUCUUCCAGGGCAUGAUAAGCUUGAGUGAAUUGAACCUGAGCGGGAACCAACUGCGCAAGUUACCGCAGACAUUGUUCCACAAUCUGGUGCAACUCAAGUCACUGAUUCUGUAUUCCAACCAGCUGGAGACUCUGGAGAAAGGUUCCUUUGAUCAUCUGCCCAAACUAUUGGUGCUAAUGCUGAAUAAGAACCAAAUCCGAGAAAUCCCUCCACAGCUCUUUUGGCGCAUACCCUCUCUACUGACCCUGACUUUGUCUAACAACCAACUCCAGUACCUUCCAGUUGAAAGCUUUUACUUUCUACCAAGCAUUACUAAACUCACCCUCUACAACAACCCCCUAAUCUCUCUGCCAGAGCAGCUAAUGGGCCACAUGCCUAGACUACAGGAGCUCUACCUGUAUAAUACCAAUCUUAGCACUGUGCCUUGGAACCUCUUUGCUAACAUGACAGGCCUCAGGGCUCUCAAUUUUCACUAUAACGAAAAGCUCAGCUCCUUGCCAAGGAACCUUUUCUGCUGCCAACCCAAUCUUCAAAAGCUAUCUUUAAAAUACAACAGUCUUCAGCAUCUACACCCAGACCAGUUUUCACAACUUGUCAGUCUUAAAAUCCUUCUGCUCAAUGAUAAUGCGCUUCAGUCCCUUUCGGCAAGGAUCUUUCGUAACCUCCCAUAUCUAGCCAAACUCGAGCUGAGUCAUAACAACUUAAGCUAUCUUCCUGGAGAUGUUUUUGAGGGUGCAAACUCACUACAGUCUGUCACUCUUGGGCACAAUCACUGGGACUGUGUAUGCAGUAUUAUGGACUUUGUAGAAUGGAUCAAGAAGAACCAAAGGGUAGUUACAGAUCUAGAUGACGUUCUAUGUGAUGGACCUUAUCGCUUACAAAACCACAAGCUCGUCUCUUUAACCUACGACAGUCUCCAGUGUGGCAUCACGAUGGCCUCGACCAGACAUGAAUUUGUGACGACUGCUUCAGUGAUCCGUUCGAAAACAACAGCCCCCCCACGUCCCCGACAAUCUCCCAAUACAUCCACCACCACAAGCUCACAAGCUAAACAUACAACCAUAAGCACUAUGUCUGCUUCAACUCCAUCUUCAGCCUCGAGCUUUUCACCCCAUAGCUCUCCUGAGACCUCACCGUCCACUCCUUUAACCGAGGAACCAUUCUAUGUAGUAGUCAAUGCAUUCUAUGACACCGUGGUCUUUGACAGUUGCCCUAAUAUUGUUCACAGUAAUCGUUACAAGGGCUGGGUGUACCUCUGGACAGUACCUGCUACUGGACUAUAUGGUGGACUCUUGCUGGCCCUGCAUAUUGUGCUCAUAGCCACUGGUGUUAUCCUGAUUGUUGCCAGCGCUUAUGUAUUGUAUCGUCUUAACAAGGUGGUGUGGGAAUUAGGGAGAGCUGUUACCAGAAAUCACACAAUAAUAGUUAAAAGACUGCCAAGUUUCAAAGGCAAACGCUAGAAAAAGAAUAUGUUUCAUUUUGAGUGAUAUCCAAGAAUAUAGUCCAUUUCUCUGAUUAAAGCAUUUAUUGUUUUCUGUUGUAUUCAUAUAUUCCUGUGGGCUUUCAAGGUUUCCUAGUCAUAGUAAGGUUUCCUAGUCAUUUUCCAUAGUAUAGUCCAUUUUAAAGCAUUUAUUGUUUUCUGUUGUAUUAACUCUUUCAUAUAUUCAUAAAUUCCUGUGAGCCUUCAAGUUUUCCUAGUCACAAAUACUUGACCUUCAGGUGGAAAAAGUUAUGAACACACUUCUGCACAUUUUCAUUUAUACUUUGCCACUUGUGUGGUGUUCGGGUCAGUGGGACUCAUUUUCAAUGUUUACCAAAAGAAAAAAUUAUGCGAUUUAUUAUUAUUUCAACCCCAGAUUCUUUGGCCUUUCCU